CUUCAGCUCUCAUUACAACUGCCUGCUUUAUUUAAAGGGGCAGUGCUUGUGUACUAUCGCACGUUGUAGAUAAUCUGCCGCUUUAAAGCCAUGAUCACCGGUCUGCUUUGGGCAGGAAGGCAGUGUGAUCACAUCUGAUCGGAUAUUACUGGUUCCCUUACUGACGGCGGUGCCUCUUUUAAAGCCGGGCUGAAACCCAUGCCAUCAUCAGGACAGCAUGCCAAGACACGCAGCCGUUUUCAGUCCCUGAGGAGACCCUUGGGAAUUUUGUGAGGAUCACCGGUGAAAUGCCGCAUGUGAAAAUGUGUAACUUUACAUCUAAACCACCACUCAGACAUUCCCCAAGUUUUCACAUAUACUGAACAGGAGCAAUACGUGAUUCCACUCAUCUCACAGAAAUGGGCACUCGGUUACAUCAUCGUUCAGAAGAGCAAUGUGAUCCAGAGAAUGAGAAAGCAGAUAUGGGAGGCACAGUGACCCCGUUGACUCAGGCACAUCCAGCGCAGCCUGAUGCUCCUGAUGGAGGAUGGGGCUGGGUGGUGCUGGUGGCCACCAUCUUAGUCCUAGCCCUCACUUUGGCCUUUCCAUCCUGCAUGGGCAUCUUCUACACUGACCUUCAGAUUGAAUUCAGUGCCAGCAACAGUGAGACCUCCUGGGUGCCUUCCAUAAUGACAGCAGUCCUACAUGCUGGAGGGCCCUUGUGCAGCGUGCUAGUAGAACAUUUUGGUUGCAGGGCAACCGUGAUGAUGGGGGGAGUCUUGAGUGGGUCAGGGAUGGUAGCCAGCUCCUUUACACAUUCCAUCCUUGAGCUUUACUUUACUGCAGGGGUAAUAACAGGUCUUGGUUUUUGCUUCAGCUUCCAACCAGCAGUCACCAUCCUUGGUCACUAUUUUGUGCGCCGCCGUGCCUUCGCUAAUGCCAUGUCGUCCACGGGCACCGCUCUGGGCCUGUGUGUGCUGCCCUUCCUGGGCCACUAUCUACAUACUAAACUGGGUUGGAGGGGGAGUUUCCUUGUGCUGGGUGCUGUGUUGCUCAACUGCUGUGUGUGUGGGGCUGUCAUGAGGCCCCUGGAGAAACGCAAAAAAGCCAAAGAAAAGAACAAUGGCCCCAAACCACUGGCUGAGCAGGGGUUUAAAAAACAGAUGUGGGCGAUGUGGAGAAGUUUGGUGUCCUCCUUCCAUCGCCACAUGGCCUUUGACCUGUUUUGCAGUAACCAGCGCUUUUGCGUGUACACACUUGGCAUCACAUGGAUGAUGCUCGGUUUUGUAGUGCCACUGGUUUUUCUUGUUCCUUACGCUACAGAUAAUGGCAUGGAGCAGAGUCAGGCUGCCCUGCUGCUCUCUAUCUUGGGAUUUAUCAACAUCUUUGUUCGGCCACCCGCUGGCCUGCUCUUCGGCCUCGCUUGGUUCAAAGGCCGCCAUGUUUACGUAUUUUCAAUUGCAUUGCUACUGAAUGGACUGAGUAAUAGCAUCUGCUGUAUCGCGCCUACAUUUUCAGUACUCGUGGUAUAUGUACUGAUGUACGGUCUGUCUAUGAGCGUGGUGGGAUCACUGAUGUUCACUGUGCUGAUGGACAUAGUGGAGAUGAGCCGCUUCCCCUCAGCACUUGGGCUGCUGGCUAUCAUGGAGAGCAUCACGCUGCUGAUUGGUCCACCUCUAGCAGGCAGCCUUGUGGACAGCACUGGUCUGUACACAUACGUGUUCCUCGCCUGCAGUAUCACAGUGGUCUUAUCAGCGUUGUUCCUCAUGGUGUCCUUCUACAUUCUGGACCGGCGUGACGCAGCACGGAAGGAUGCAUCGGCUACUGAGGUGUCAGCAGUUACACCUGAAGCUUUUACCGUGUGUAAAAAACCUGCCACAGAAACUGAGUGCAUCACAACUGUCUGAACUGAUUCUGUAAAUAACGGGCAUCUGUGUUUAAAGAAUGAGACAUAUGCACAUUACAGUAAUCCCCCGCUUUACCGCUGUUCCAAUCUCACGCUCCCGGGGAAUUGCGGAAUUGCAUUUGCCACAACACAAAUUUGUUUGGCUGAUUUUCGGGAAUACCAAAAAUACCAGGAAAUUGUUUUUAUGGAGUUUUAUGUUGAAAUAAUGAAAUGUAUUAAUACAAAUAUAAUUAUUAAUUAUAAAAUGAAGUCAAAUGUUAAUACAGUACACUACCGUAUACAUAAAAUAGCAUUUUU